AUGCCUGCCCAAAAUGCAUAUUCCAAACGUUCUUCCCUCUCAGGCGUGCCCGCACCUAUCGAAUUGGACUCCGAUUCUGACUUCAACCCUGGUACUUACAUACCUGAGCCCAAAAAGAAGAAGCAGAAGACCAAAACAACCGUAGCGGGACCUUCACGCAAGAGACGACGAGCGGACGCUCUCGAAGACCCUGGGUCUUCUCCGAAGCGUCGAAAGCGUGUGCGGUCUGUAGGCAUCACGGAUCCCAAUCCUCUCCAGAAAUAUUUUGGCGAUGACCUUGACCUACACUCAGAGUCGGAAGGAGAGGACUCGGAUGUCCCGAACUUCGCCAAAUCUCACUCGGAGUCUGAGGCCGAAGAAAGUGACGGAGACGAGCGAAAGCGGUAUCUGGCUGCACGGAAGGCUAAAGCUUCCAAGCCGCGGACGCUGCCUUCGUCAAAUCCAAGUGCUAAGCCUAUUGUUGUUGCUGACGAUGAUGACUCCGUGACAGAGCCGGAGUCAGACCCCGGGCUUCCGUCCUUACGGAGCAUACCUCAGCCAAGUGGCUCAAAAAGCACCGCCCCGCUGAAGAAUAGCACUAUACCCCCGUCAAAUGCCGAUGACUCUGUAACAGAAUCUGAGACUGAACCCGAGACGGAAUCCGAAACUGAACCGGAGUCAGACGAGGAUAUGGGCAAAAUUUCUAUUCAUGGAACGGCGCAGAAAGUCCUUCAGAAACCAAACCCUCCGGCCAACGAGCCGAAUUCCGAAACAGAAUCCGAAUCUGAGCCGGAGGAACUCAAAAACGUCAAACUCCGCCCGCGACCCGGUUUUCCUCUGGCCCCGAACCAGCGACCCGGCGAGGCGCUCGUUCUUGAUGAAGAGCAGGGCAUCAAGAUCCCAGUACCCAUCAACACGUACCUCCGCGAUUAUCAGCGGGAUGGCGUCAAGUUCCUGUGGAGACAAUAUAAUCAAGAAUGCGGAGGACUUCUUGGAGACGAUAUGGGUUUGGACUUCAAGCUCGGUCGAUUGGACGUAGUAAUAACUACAUUUGACCUCGCCCGUCGGGAGAUCAACCUGCUCGAUGAUCUCGCAUGGAGCUGUAUCAUUGUUGACGAAGUCCACCGCGUGAAGAACGAAGCCGCCAAAAUCACGUUGGCAUACCAUCAGUUCAAGUGUCUACGCCGUUUCGGCCUCACAGGAACGACCAUCCAGAAUUCCUACAAAGAGAUGUGGACCAUACUCGACUGGACAAACCCUGAUAAGUUAGGAACGGUAAAGCAGUGGAACGGAUAUGUAGUCAAACCGUUGACUAUGGGACAGUCGGCGAGUGCCACUGAGGAGGAGAGGGCGAAGGCAUUGGUGGUGGCGGUUAUUCUGAGAGAUAAAAUUCUGCCAGAAUUCUUCCUUCGAAGGACGAAGGAUAUUAUCAAAGACCAGCUACCUCAAAAGACGGACCAAGUUGCUUUCUGUCCUUUGACGGACAGACAAAUCGCUGCGUACAAGCACCUCCUCAACAUGGAGCCGCUGCAAAAUUUGGUGAAUAGAGAUAAACCAUGCCCGUGUGGUUCUCACCAGUCACGGAAGAGCUGCUGUCACCCAUUUGUGGUCGGAGACGUUUUCAAAUUCAUGUCGAUUCUCAUCAAACUGUCCAACCACCUUGGCCUUAUUCUACCCGGUCCAAGUGAUACUGCGGAACAAACUGCUAGGAAUCGAGCACUUGCAGAAAUAGCAUUCCCAGAUGGGAAUAUCCCGAAAUACGGGACUGCCAUGAUGCAGCCGCAAUAUUGCGGAAAGUGGGGGGCUUUAGAAGUGCUUCUCAAAGAAUGGAGGAAGGACAAGUCAAAUAAGGUGCUCAUAUUCACCAAGUCUGUCAAGCUUCUGGAGAUGCUGGAAUUCCACCUGGGAACGAAGGGCUAUGGAUUUCUCAAACUUGACGGGAGUACGAAACAAGUCGACCGUAUGCCGAUGAUCGACCAGUUCAAUCACGAUCCGGACGUCUACGUUUUUUUGAUCUCGACCCUGGCGGGUGGAACGGGACUGAAUCUCACUGGAGCAAAUAAAGUCGUCAUAUUUGACCCCAAUUGGAAUCCUGCACAUGACUUGCAGGCCAUGGAUAGGGCCUUCCGCUUUGGACAGACACGAGACGUCGCCGUAUAUCGAUUACUUGGAGCCGGCUCGGUAGAGGAGCUCAUAUAUGCGAGGCAAAUAUACAAGCAACAGCAAAUGGCCAUAGGCUACGACGCCAGUGUGCAGACUAGAUACUUCCAAGGCAUUCAGGGCGACAAUGCCAAGAAGGGAGAACUUUUUGGUAUCGAGAACAUCUUCAAGCUCCACGAAGACAAGUUAGCUACCAAAAUGGCGAUUGAGAAAGCUAACCUGGCUGAGCUGGAUUGGGCUCUAGCAAAUCUGGAUGGUGGACCUCGCGGAAAGAAAUCCGCCAAACCAGCCAAUGAACUCGUUGAAGCUGAUGCGAAGAUUGGCAAGGAAGAGGGCAAUCUCAAAGGCUUAGGCGCUCUGUUGUUCGACGAUGCGCCUCCUCCGACUGUACCGCGUGAACAGGACAUCAUUCAAAAGACCCUCAACGCCAUCGGGGUAACAUACAGCCAUAUGAACGAUGAAAUCCUGGUACCAAGCAAGAUCGAAGCAGAACGUACAAAGCGAAGUCUCUUGAAUGUCAGAAAGAGGAAGAGCAAAGGAGCGGAGAAGGAGAAGGAGAAGGAGCCUUCGCCACAAUUCCAAUGGCCGCCCAAACGGCGCCAUCAUAAACCUCAACCUACCCCAGAGCAGCAACUUGCCUCACGACAUAAAGCCCUAAUUCGUCUUGGCAUGAUCAACAGCCCGGACGACGUGUCAAAUUUUGCGCACGAGUUCGCCCGUCAAUCGCCUGACGCCCAGCGCAAAAUUAUCGCAGAACUUGAUCAGUGGGCCGCGGAACAUCCUAUGUCAUCAGAUUCCGACUGA